GGGAAGCCGCGUCUUCCUCCUUUCACUCCGGAAAACCCCACUGCUCUCCGUCUCGCUCUAAAGAAAAGAAACCCUACCCCGUCGCUGCUGCCGGGCGGCCGCCACCCACACCGUGCCCCGUCCGGCCGUCCCCGUUCGGGCUCUCGGCUUUCGCUCUACCCAGCAGGCCGGCAACCUUCCCCUUCCGUCUCCUUCGUUGCUUCCCCAAGCAAUUACCCCGGCUGGUGUCGACCCCCUUCGAUCUCGAGGAGGAGCAACCCCGGCGCCCUGCGCCCUUCGGCAUUCCGCCUCAGCAGCAGCAGCAACAAAGUUUCUCGCCCGGGGCGUCAGCCAGUCCUGGCUCUACAGAUGGGCGCCGCCGCAGGAGCUCUGCGAAAGACGGUGGUGGACGGUUCCGGGGAUGAGGAGGAAGAGGAGCAGCAGUGCCGCAUCUGCCGCCACCCCGCCGAGCCGGAGCGCCCCCUGUGCCACCCCUGUGCCUGCCGUGGCAGCAUCCGCUUUGUCCAUGACGACUGCCAGCUCCAGCGGCUCUCCACCACCCGCCAGCGCCGCUGCGAGGUGUGCGGACAGGAGAUCUCCAUCCGCCCCAUCCACGGCGCGGAUGCCUCAGCCCUGGCAAGGCUUGCCAGUCUCAUCACUGUUGUGCCUCAUCCUGACAGUCAAGGUUGCCUGGGAGCUCACCAGCCUGCACCUAUGGUGCCUCGCCCUCGCCAGGAGCUGCGCCGAGGCCUUCCGUCUGCUCUCCGUCUGCCCCUUUGAACCCCCCGUCCUUGCUCAACUGGCGCUCCGGGCUGAACGCGUGUUUCACGCAAAGUACGGGGGACGUCGGAGCCGCUGCCAGGUCGCCGUGCUGCGCCUCCUUCAGUUUUCCGUGGCGGUGACAAUGGUUGACAUGGUUCUGGCCUGUACAUCUGCAUUUAUCCCUUUCACACUUGGAAGGAUAAUCCUAUUCUGCACAGGUGAAUUCGACUCUUUUGCUGCAACACCCUCUGUCCUCCUAGUCGGAUAUGGGUUUAUCUUCUCGCUGGCGCUGGGUGCCACUUUCGCUUGGCUUCUUCAUACUACUGGGGGCGUCUUCCCAGACUCGCCAGGGGCUUCCGCGCGCUCUGCCAUCUACCGGAGCUGGCCUGGGACUUCUGCGUCUAUGACCUUGAUAAGUAUGCUGUGGAUGAGCCUAUUGUCAUUGGGCAGAGGUUGGAAGACCUUGCCGACGGUAGGUGAAGGCGGGGAACUCUGUUUCCAGUAGUUGGUAGGACCAGGGAUCUGGUGAUAUAUACAGUAUAUAUAUAGCAUGGAUAUAUAGGCCACGUUAUUGAGAUGAUGCUAGGCAUAUACAUUUCUGGUGAAACUUGUAGAUGUGGAUGCAGUUUCCCAUGUGGAAGUUACCGUAGGUUAUAUCGGUCGGUCGGUUCGACAGUGUCGUUCCUUCUUGGUUGAACUGAACUGAUGUUCGUAAAUUUCUGCCCCUUUUUUCUGUGGACCACUGGCAGGAUAGGCUGAGGAGAAACGAGAUGAUGCUGGUUGCCUUU